UACGGUCACUGUAAACUUUCAAGACCAUACAUGUUACGACUUAUUUAACUGUAAACGUAUGCGCGUAAGGAUUGUCUUUGAUAUCGCUACCGUGAAAACAGACGUUAAACGACAACAAAUCAAUCAGUGAGGCUUAAGGAAAGUGUGUUAAUUGCAAUGUUUAGGUGCGGUUUCUAAAACAUUGGCCACCUGGAAGUGUUAUAAAGUUAAACAACCGAAUACUCCAUUGACACAACUGCACGUUGAAUUGAGAUAACACAUAUUUGAGGCUAUAAGAAAGAUUUGGUAUCUAAUAAUUGAAGAAAAUGAAUGUGUUGUAAUGAAUAUAUGGUAGUUUUGUCAGAACAUGUUUAUAUUGAUUUUGUAUAUUAACUGCCUUGGAAUCAUAUUGAGUUAGAUAGUAAAGUGGUCUACUAGAGUUCAGAUUGCCUCUUUUGUUACUAAGGUAAACUGAAGACAGAAAAGAUGUAUGUGACCGUCAGAUUCGGAGAUUGUAGAAGUGAGCUGUUUAAUCCCAACUGUAGAAUUAUAUCUUUAUUAAAGAAUAUCCGAGACAGAUGUAGUUGUUUUGAAGCCGAAGAAGUAGAUUUAUCAGAUGAGAAUGGUAAUGUGAAAUAUUUACGAGAAACGCCAUAUAAAUUUGCCAGUGAGAUUUUAACAGAAAGAGAGAAUCUAGUUUUAUUACGCGUAGACAAAAAUGAGAGUUACGUAUCCUACUCGCCAUUACUGAUGGACAAUGAUGCAAUAACAGAAGAAUUUUUAGCUCGCCUUGCAAUCAAAGAUGAUUAUGAUGGGAGUAUAGAUAUUAAAAGAAUGAAACCCACGAAAAAAAAUUCUUCAGAAAAGUUAAACAAGUCGGAGCGAGAAAAGUCCGUGAAUAAACUACGCAUGACAAAGUCUAUUACAAGUAUAGUGAGAUCUAAAUCAAGGCAAGGAAAAGCAACGUGAAAUUUGAAACAAAAAGGAGCUACUUUCUUAUACCAUCGUCAACACGAGAGACAAAUAACAUAAUCAUUCGCCUGCUACCAAACGACCGUCUUCAUUAGCCCGGUUGGAUCGCAAAAGUAGUACGUUAGAUACCAUUUCAAUUCAUACACAAAAAACUUUGUUAAACUGUUUUCAUGCGCAAGGCCAUGAUGAUUAUCACAAGCAUGCGCAAAGCAACUUACUCUGAAGUCAAAGUUUCAAACAGCUAUAAAUCUGUAUAUACCUCGUGUAUUGAUGUUUUCAAGAAACGGCACAUCACCAUCGUCAACGAGUUAAAAAUGAUACAAGUUUGUGCGAGCUGGGUGCCAAAACUCUAGACACCCCGUGACAAUUUACAAAAACGAAUUUCUCGUUAGAUUCCUGUGUUGUGUGAACGACAUUUUGGUCACCCCAUAGUUCCAGAUCACCCAAUCUCAAUUUGUGUAUGCCGCCAACUCCGACAAUCAUGCGCAGACCUUGACAAUGUAAUAAAGCAAUGGAUGUAGAGUGGACAUUGAGGGGGAGCAAUACGAAAAAAAAAGGCGCUUUUUUUUUUUUGAACCAAGAAAACUUGAAUCAUAUAGGUCCAAGUUUUGGUAAUUUUUGUUUGCAUAGGGCCAAUGUUAAAAGCUUGGAUCAAGAAAACUCAAAUCAUAUAGGUCCAAGUUUUCGUAAUUUACACAUAGGGUUAAAAAAAUCGUUAAAAUUGGACAAGUCUGAGUAUUCGACCUCAGUACUCAGUACCGCAUUCAAAAUACCCAACGUUACAAAUCCAGCAUCUGACAAUUUAUACGCUUAUAUGCCUGGUCCAGUAAGGUCACACCAGUCUGAUUUCCUAUCUGUCGGUGUCUUGAUAAGUAUGUGAUCAAGACUUUCAAACUUGAAACCAAAAGCUUUUGAACAAUGCAACCAAGUACUUUUGAAGUUUAAAUAAGUUUUUUUCACCGAAGAAAUAAGAAGGAACAUUUUUAUAGGUGUUCCUGAAGAACAGAAAAUUAUGUACCUAUAAUAUGGUAAUGAAAAAAUAACCAGUUUAGAUGGUUUAGUGAACACAAUAACAGAUUGAUAUUUUGAAAAAAAUAAUUUAUAUUUCUAAAUUAACAAGUAUCUAUCUAAUUGUUGUUUUAUUCAUUUGUUAAAUAAAAAAUUUACAG